UUUUCCGGCGGAAGUCCAUGCCGACAUGAUUCAGGAAAAUUGAAAGCAUUUUCGUUAAUUGUUGUUUGAGAAAUAUAAGCUUAUUUAGUUAUCUUUCGUCAAAUCAAAACAGACAGAAUGCCUGUUACUGAACCAAGCAAACAAAUAACUAAAGUGGUUGUUCAUCCACUUGUGCUUUUGAGCGUCGUGGACCAUUUUAAUCGUAUGGGAAAAGUCGGCAACGUCAAACGCGUUGUCGGUGUCUUGCUUGGAGCAAACAGACAAGGAAUUCUUGACAUAUCAAACAGCUUUGCAGUUCCAUUUGAUGAGGAUGACAAGGACAGGAAUGUGUGGUUCCUUGACCAUGAUUACUUGGAGAAUAUGUAUGGAAUGUUCAAGAAAGUCAAUGCCCGUGAGAAGAUUGUGGGAUGGUAUCAUACUGGCCCCAAACUUCACCCCAAUGAUGUGGCAAUCAAUGAACUUGUCAGAAGAUACAACCCCAACUCAGUGUUGGUGGUAAUUGAUGCAAAGCCUAAGGACCUAGGACUGCCAACUGAAGCCUAUGUGUCAGUGGAAGAGGUGCAUGAUGAUGGAACCCCAACCUCUAAAACAUUUGACCAUGUGCCCAGUGAAAUUGGUGCAGAAGAGGCAGAGGAAGUGGGAGUGGAACAUUUGCUCAGGGACAUCAAGGACACAACUGUAGGCACACUGUCUCAACGGAUCACCAGUCAGUUGAUGGGUCUGAAGGGCCUCCAUUCACACAUCAAUGAUAUAAGCGCAUAUCUGGAAAAAGUGACAUCUGGGCAACUGCCCAUUAACCAUCAGAUCAUUUACCAGCUUCAAGACAUCUUCAACCUCCUUCCCGAUGUGAACCUGCAAGAAUUUGUCAAAUCGAUGUAUGUUAAGACAAACGAUCAGAUGUUGGUUGUCUACUUGGCAUCUUUGAUACGUUCCAUUAUUGCACUCCACAAUCUCAUCAAUAACAAGAUCCAGAACCGCGAUGCAGAGAAGAAUGAAGGAAAGGACCCCAAGGAGAAGAAAGAAAAGAAGGAGGACAAGGAUAAAGAAGACAAGGAUAAAGAUAAGACGAAAGAUGGUGACAAAAAAGACUCAAGUGCAAAGGGCUCAAAGAAGUGAUAGAUAUUAAUCGUAGGUGUACUUUUUUCCAAAGUUUCAUGUCAUUGAAAAAGGUUUGCAGGAUGGAACAAUUGUACCGAAGUGCUGUGUCUAUAUUUCAGUGCGGUUGCUAUUAAGAUGGUGAGCAGGCACUGGAUUUGUAAAUGAAUGGACAAAUGGAUUGCUGAUGUAAAUGCAUAUUCGAAAACAUGAUGGUGUUGAAAUGGUUAUAUGAAACCUGCUUCAUGAAUGUAUCGCCAACCAUUACCAGCUCUGAUAUCUCAGUUGCUAGCAGCUGUCAACAAUGAUAAAUAUUUUGCACCUUGUUUGGUUGCAAAGAAAUGACCAAGUUUACUUUGAAAGUCAAGACAAGUGACAUUAAACAAGUUUUGUUACAAAA